ACAGCACAACGCAAGGCAAGGCAAGGCAGCGCAAGAGCAGUCGUCGGCCUCGGCCCCCCCCCCCCCCCCCCCCCCCUCUCGCCCUCUCCCCUCUCCCCCUGCCCAUCCCUCGCUCGAGAGCAAGCAGGCCUUUUCCUGCUCUCUUGCUGCUCGCUGGCCUCGCUGCCUGAGCCUGCCUCCUGCGUGCCUGCCUUGCUUUGUGCAAUCGGCCGUCUCCCUCUGCUCCUCGUCCUCCUGCUGCCCUGCUUUCUCUCACCAUUUUCCUCUCUCUCUUCCUCUCCUCCCGCUGCCUCUCUCUCAGUGUAGGUCGGUCUGUGUCUGGGCUCUUGCUACAGGGGCGAUGAGAACCUUUUGACCCAUUUGAUUUGAGUUGCGCUGGGUACGAAGCUCUGAUCACUCCGCCUGCGCUACGAUAUUCUCGCCAGGCUCAUGGUGCCGACGUAGGGGUGCGUGCCCGCGCGAGCCGAGGGAAACGAGAGGUAUGAGGCAUGAUAAUUUCUGGUGAGGCGCGGAUUGGCAAGCAUGGCAACUGAUCCUCCAAAUGAUCGGUUGGAUCGAAAUCUACAUACAAUCGACACACAUCCCCGCACGCACGCACCCCUGCACCCACGCCUGUACGCACGCACCAUCACCCCCACGCUUUUCCAGCUCAAGGUUCCAUCUCUUGAGUUCUUCCAUUUGCAGCAGGUCAUUUUGAGGAGCAUCGCACCUGUCUUGUCCCAGUUGCCGAAGUGGAUUGAAUUGGGUGCCUAUUUGGAAUUCAAGGAUGACGAGAUUCGUCUCUGCGAAAUGUGUCACGAAGUUUGUGAAUUUAUCUUCUUCAAACUCAUCCAGUACAACUCUGAAGGUAUGGAGCUUUGUGGAAAUUGCCUCGAAAAAAAUAAGGAGAAAACACCGUGGAAGGUCUACCUCCGUGAAGGCCUCGUCAUGCUUUUGAGUUCUUUGAACCACAUUGUCUGCACUCCAGGCUCGGGUGAAAUCCUCGAGUUGGAUCUCAAAGAGAACAAUAUGCCGGGACUUCCUCUUUCUGCACCUUUACUCUCGUCCUCGAAUUCUGGCUUCCAGUCAUGCAGUUUUGACCAACUCUCUCCCUCCGGGCCUUUCCUUAUUUCAUCUCCUUCAGAGCCUUUGCCGAUUGCGCCUCCCUCUGAGCCAGUACUUUAUAGGUCUAAUUCAGAACCAGAACCUGUGCUCUACAGAUCAAAUUCGGAAUCAUUGCUUUACAAAUCGAAUGCAGAACCUGUGCUAUUUACAUCAAAUGCUGAGCCAGUUCUUUUCACGACUAACUCAGAACCUUUGGUCUUUACACCAAAUACAGUGCCUCAGGCGUUCAGUCCAAGUCCAAACUCUUUGGCCUACACGCCACUUUCAGAGCCUUUGAGUUUUCCCUCAAAUUCUGUUCCUCUGGAUUUCAAUCAAAGUCCAGAGCCCUCGGCUUUUACAUCAAAUUCAGAGUCUUACACAUAUACAACAGAUUCACUACCUUCAGAUUUUACACCAACCUCAGAACCUCCGGCUUUUCCUCCAAAGACAGAGCUUGUGUCUUUCACACAGAUAGCAGAGUCCUUGCCGCCUCCCGUCUCAAAUCCCGAGAAGGUGGCCAAAGCUCCAACUAAGAGCUGCAAAAAAGUUUCAGAUUGUGUACUGGUAGAUAGAAUGCGCACCAUUGUCCACCAAGAUUGUCGUAUAGGGAAAGAGCUUUUUACGACAGGUAUCGAACUUGCAGACCGGUACAAUUCUUGCUACAACCACGAGACUAUCCAUGUCCGAAGGGUUUUUGAAGCCAUGAAAACGCUGGGGUUUUCAGCAAGCAAGGAUACUAUGCAGGUUCAAGUGCAAUCAGUGAGGAGGAAGGUGAAGCUAAUUUACGGAUUAGCGUUCAAGUAGACGGAGGACUAGUGAUGAUUCAUUUUCUUAAUAAAGAAUAGCUGUCUUUCAGAACGCAGGGUGUUGCCCGCCAGGAAAAGUGCUUGAGUGCUGCUCUAUCAAGGUGGAAUGGGAAAUAUUUCUUAGUGGUGGUGGGAUCACCACAUUUGGGAGGACCCUGGGCUUGAGUUAUUUUAACGAUCGACAAUAGUGAACAACCUACAGAACUGAACUACAGAGAGCUUGACAUUGACAUCUGCGUUUGGUUUCUCGGCUAUAUUACUUGAUGCCCUCAUCACUGCACG